GUCUGCUGAAUCCAGGAUGGCCACCGCCAAGACAAUUGUCUCUGCGGCAGCCUCCGUUGCCGCCACCCUCAUGCUGGUCCGAUCAAUAGCCAAUGAUUUUGUUCCCCAUGAACUCCGAAACUACUUUUUCUUCAACACUCACCAAUUCUUCAGCCGCUUCUCUUCUACAGUCACCAUGGUCAUCGACGAAUUGGACGGCCUUGUCUACAACCAAAUCUACGAGGCUGCACAGACGUACCUAGGCACCAAAAUCUCUCCCUCCACGAAGAGGUUCAGAGUUAGCAAACCGGAGAAAGAAAAGAACUUUGUUGUUGCCAUGGAGAGUAAUUAACGAGGAGGUAGAGGACAUCUUCUUCGGCGUCAAAUUCAAGUGGGUUUUUGUCUGUCGGCAAGUAGAGGAUCGGGGCUUUAGCAAUGCCCACGACAUCGGUUCCACACUUAGAUCGGAAGUCCGCUCCUUCCAGCUUUGUUUCCACAAAAAGCACAGGGAAAUGGUGCUCAAUUCUUACUUGCCCCACAUCGUCCAAGAAGCAAAAUCCAUGGUCCAAGAACGGAAGACCCUGAAAAUCUUCACCGCCGAGUUCGAAAAGAUUCAGUACAGCUCCAAUUUGUCCGACGUAUGGAAAUCGGUGAAUCUCGACCACCCUGCAACCUUCGAAACUCUGGCGAUGGAACCGGGCCUGAAGAACACCAUUGUGAGGGAUCUCGAGAGGUUCGUGAGGAGGAAGGACUAUUACAGAAAAGUGGGGAAAGCUUGGAAGAGAGGGUACUUGUUGUACGGUCCACCGGGGACUGGAAAAUCGAGCUUGAUUGCUGCCAUGGCGAAUUACUUGAAUUUCGAUGUUUAUGACUUGGAGUUGACUGAACUACGGUGCAACUCGGACCUCAGGAAAUUGCUGGUGGCCACUGCGAACCGGUCGAUAUUGGUGGUGGAGGAUAUAGAUUGUACCAUCGAAUUGCAAAAUCGGGCGACGGAGGGCAGAGUUGUUUACCGGAAUGGUUAUCCUCUACGGCAAGAACAGGUGACGCUGUCAGGACUGCUCAAUUUCAUCGACGGCCUGUGGUCGAGCUGCGGCGACGAGAGGAUCAUCAUCUUCACCACCAACCACAAGGAAAAACUGGACCCUGCUCUGCUGCGUCCGGGCAGGAUGGACAUGCACAUCCACAUGUCCUAUUGCACUCCUUGUGGGUUCAAGGUUCUUGCCGCGAAUUACCUUGGAAUCAAAGACCAUCAACUCUUCCCAGAAAUUGAGGAGGCAAUCGGUUCGACGGAGGUAACGCCGGCUGAGGUGGCGGAGCAGUUGAUGAGAAGCGACGAUCUUGAUGCUCUGCUCAAUGACCUAAUCGAAUUUCUCAAAGUAAAGAAGAUAGAAAACGAGGAGGCAAAAGCCAAGAAGGCUCAAACACAAGCACAAGAAGAAAAGGAGCAAAAUGAUGAUGAAAAGGAGACAACGGAGGAUUAACUAAUUAACAGUUUUUUUAAAGCAGUUCCUAAUUAGUAAGUGUAGGAUGAUUAUUAAGUUUAUGUUCAAAUUGAAGAGCAAGAGGAUUGUAAGUUUAUUCAACUACUAAUAAUUAAUGAUCUAUUUA